AUAACGGUCGACUAUCGUUUAUUGACACGCCACCACCAUAAGUUUUGUUUGCAAUUGGCAACUCUAGCGCGCGCACGUUGUGUUUAUAAACAUGCAGCGGAAGGAGUCCAAUCCUUUUCUAAAACUCGGACUGCGGCCUUGGUUGGCCAAGCAGCUGACUAAAUUAGGUUUAAAAGGCGCAACACCUAUUCAAGAAAACUGCGUGCCAGCUAUUUUGGCAGGCAGAGAUUGCAUUGGAGCUGCCAAAACGGGAUCCGGCAAAACAUUUGCCUUUGCGUUACCUAUAUUGGAAAAGCUAAGCGAGGAACCCGUUAGUCACUUUGCCCUGGUGCUGACACCUACACAUGAGUUAGCCUAUCAAAUCUCUGAACAGUUCCUGGUGGCCGGACAGGCAAUGGGCGUGCGCGUUUGUGUAGUGUCUGGUGGCACGGAUCAAAUGCUUGAAAGCCAGAAACUGAUGCAACGACCACAUAUAGUGGUGGCUAUGCCGGGUCGCUUGGCGGAUCAUCUGACGGGCUGUGACACAUUUUCCUUUGAUAAUUUAAAGUAUUUGGUUGUGGAUGAGGCAGAUCGAAUGCUGAAUGGCGAUUUCGAUGAGAGUCUGAAGAUAAUCGAGCGAUGCCUGCCGAAAACACGUCAGAACUUGUUUUUCUCUGCUACAAUGAAGGAUUUUAUUAAGGAAUCCAGCAUAUUUCCCAUUGCACAAGAUUGUCUAGAGUGGUCACAGGAUUCGGAAGUGGCUACCGUAGAUACACUGGAUCAAUGCUAUUUGCUGUGUGCUGAUUAUGAUCGUGAUAUGGUGCUUAUUGAGGCGCUGCGCAAGUAUCGCGAGGACAAUGAAAAUGCUAGUGUGAUGAUCUUUACCAAUACCAAAAAAUACUGUCAGCUGCUCUCGAUGACAUUAGCCAGCAUGGAAAUUGAAAAUGUUUGCCUGCAUGGCUUUAUGCGACAAAGAGAACGAGUGGCGGCGCUAAGUCGCUUCAAAUCUAAUCACAUACGCACAUUGAUAGCCACCGAUGUGGCAGCGCGUGGGCUGGACAUACCCAGUGUGCAGCUGGUGAUGAAUCAUAUGCUCCCACGCACGCCUAAGGAGUACAUACAUCGAGUGGGACGCACUGCUCGUGCCGGUCGCGCCGGAAAGGCCAUAUCCAUCUUUCGUUUUCCACGCGAUCUGGAACUGCUGGCCGCUAUAGAGGCGGAGAUAAACACAAAGUUAACUGAGCAUCCCAUUGACCAGCGCAUGGUUGAGCGCAUUUUUAUGCAAGUAAAUGUCUCACGUCGCGAGUCCGAGAUGCAACUGGAUAACAAUGAUUUUGACGAACGUGCGCAAAAUUACAGACGCAAAACUUGGAUCAUGGAGGGCAAGGAUCCAGAUAAAAUGGAGGCACUGUAUCGCAAGAAGCAAAAGGAUAAACUGCGUGAAAUACGACGCAAGCGCAAGCAACAGCAGGAAGAGGCAGCAGCUAGUGGCGAGGGGCAAGCACUGCUGCAGGAUGAGCGCUUCAAGACCGUGGACAAUGCGCGCUUUGAAAAGAAAUUCAAGCGCAAGCCCAAGACAGAAGAAACUAAAAAUGCCCUUAAGAAAUCCAGUAACCUGCAAGUUACGAAACAAAAGUUUAAAGCUAAAUUAUUAAAUAUGUAUACGUGA